UCGUGUAGAUGGGAAUAAUUCAAGUUUAAUUUGCAUAUGGAAGUAUGGAACUGGAAUCGGAAUGGGAAUCGAUCCCCCGCGUGGAAUCAUAUUGUUAUGUCGGUGUCAACACCCGUUGACGGAGUCUGGUCAAAUGACAGCGUUGACGACACCAGCAGGCAGCACUGCUUACUUUAGGAAUCCUGCCUUCUUACUUCUUCUUCACUUCCAUUUCAAUCACACACUUGCAUUGACAUUACCCUUCCAACUCUCUACUCAUCAAGUUUCCAGAACUAACCUCCAUCGAUCACGGGUUCCAUUAACAACGACACUAGUGGUGGUGGUGGGGAAGAUAGAAUUGAUGCUCUUGGAAGGCUCUUGACCCGUAUCCUGCGACAUAUGGCUUCUGAGCUGAACUUAAAGAUGAGGAGUGAUGGGUAUGUCAAGGUUCAAGAUCUAUUGAGACUUAACAUGAAGACAUCCGCCAAUAUUCCAAUAACUUCUCAUACUUUUAAUGAUAUUAAGGAGGCUGUAAGAUUGGAUAACAAGCAACGGUUUAGCUUGCUUGAAGAAAAUGGGGAGCUUUUGGUUCGUGCAAACCAAGGUCAUACACUCAUGUUGGUUGAAACUAAAAGUUUACUUAAACCCAUCCUCUCACCUGAAGAAUAUCCUGUUUGUAUACAUGGAACCUACAAAGAGAAGUUAAAUUCAAUCUUGGAAAAUGGUCUUAAACGCAUGAAAAGGCUACAUGUACAUUUCUCUUUUGGAUUACCAAUCGAUAAUGAAGUAAUUAGUGGGACGAGGAGGGAUGCUAACAUCUUGAUCUAUCUUGAUAUUAGGAAAGCCAUCAAAGGGGGGAUGAAGCUUUACAUAUCGGACAACAAGGUGAUCCUAACAGAAGGUUUUGAGGGUGUUUUCCCUGUCAAGUAUUUUGAGAGGAUAGAGUCAUGGCCAGAUAGGAAGCUUAUACCUUUUUAAUACACUCUCAUCAUCAACUGAAGUAAGCAUCAUGAUUUUGACAUUUGUACAUGUCGAAUAUAUCUCAAAAGAAGGAUGUUUAAUUGGUUUACAUGUUUUGUUAUGUUUGUCUUAUUUAAUAUAAUAUGAGAACAAAUAAAGUUUUGAUC